AUGCUCCGUCGGGUCUUCCUGUCGCUGUGCUACAGUGUACCGCAGCUUUCCCGCGUCGGUAUAUUUCCGCUGCAUUUGGAUCCGCCUACUGCCCAGCACCGAGAGAUCUUCCGGCUGCUGAUUGGUGACACGACCCCCGAUCGCUGCAACGCCGGCCGCGAUGGAGGUGGUGGUGGUGGUCCGCGCUACGGCAACGGCCCCGGGCAGCUGGUGGGCUCGCUCUGCUGCCUCGAAUCCCUUGCGGAGAGCCUGAAGAAGAGCGAGUGUGUGCCCUUCGAACACCUCAUUUUGGUUCCCAACACACGCUUUCCCAUCACUCUGCGUCUCUCGACGCACCUUGCCGCCAUGACAACGCUUGUGGCGCGCGGCCUCCCCCGCGUGCACGUGGACUUCACUGCGCUUGAGAACCCAGACGAGGACAUGCCGUGCGUGUACGAGUUGACGCAGCGGUACAGCAACAGCACGCUCGUGCACUGGCUGCAGGACGCACAUGAGAUGCAGAGGUGGGCCCAUUUUAGUGACGUGAGGCUGCAUGUGCCGCUCUUGCUGUUGCAGACGGUGAGCUUUUCUGUCAGCAUGCUGGGUAAGCCGCGCGACGCACGGUUUGAGAAGAAGUAUGCCUCUAGCGUCUUUGGGGCGUUGGGCGCGCCAGAGGGGGCGGCGGCAGCGCGGCAGCCGCCGUUGCAGGGACGGCCUCCGCAGGAAAAAACCAGCGACGAUGCCGCGUCGCCCGCUAAAGCGGAUGACAACGCUCGUGACAGCCACGACGACACGGCCGGCGGUGCUGGCGACUGCGGCGGUCAGGGCCGUACUUCGCCCCGCUGGGUGCACGGGGGCAACGGCGACGAGGAGGUGGAGAUGAGCAGGUCAUACUUAAGUUCCUCAGGCUCGUCGUGGCUGGCGUCGUCGCACAACGUGCCUUUGCUGCUGCAGCCUUCCGACCUCACGGACCGCGUCACCGGCGGCGGGCGAAGCCCCGGCGCGAGGGAGCUGGAAAGCACCCUACAGAGCAAAGGCGAGGCUGGCGGCAGGGCGGGUGGCGCCCCUGGCGAUGCGGGAAAGACGGUGCGGGGCGCGAGUGGUGAGGCGACCGCGGCGACGCAAGCAGACGGCGCCGCAGACGCCAGUGGGGGGCCGCCGUCGACGAGGGAGGCGAAUGAGUGCGGCUACGAAGACAUGGUCGAUGAGUUCGAGAGCCUGAGCCUCUCCUCGGACGCCAUGCCAACCCGCCUCAAGGUCCGCCACCUCGUCGAGGAGCUCUUUUCUACGCACCACGGCAUGGAAUGCGCCCCCAGCCGUCCUGCCACCGCCACUGCCGCCUCGCCGCACGUUGAGGUGCACACUGUUCACCGCUGCACCGGGGCCGACGUGCGCCAGGCGCUCUGGGAGCGUGAAGUGGACCCGGCACUGCUGCUCACGGAGCCGGUGCAUCGCUACAUCACUAGCCAUGGCCUCUACCACGACUACCGCAAGGGCAACUACCCGAACAUGGCCCAGGUGCAGCAGUUCAGCAGUGGCAGCAGCCGCAGCAGCAGCUCGAGUGCUUGGCGAAGAGGCAAAGUGCAGUCAAUUGGCCCCUCUGCUACUUUGUCUUUUCCUGGUCUCAUACCGAGACUAGAGCUGCACUAUGAGGCGAGCAACCUGCUCGCCUGCGAGUACUACGAUAAGCUUAAAUCGUUUGAGUCACCCGUGGAUGAGGAGCCGGAUCUUAUAGUGCCAAUUGGCGGCGAUGGCUACAUGAUGCAUUGCAUCCGAAACAACUGGGACCGUUUUAUUCCCUUUUUUGGGGUGAACGCCGGGCACGUGGGGUACCUGCUGAAUGAUCCUGCCACCCUGGGCGAGCUCUUCUCCGCCCCGCUGAAGCUGCACAGCACGAUCAUGCUCUACUGCCUCGCCGAGAAGGACACGGAGUCCGGGGAGAAGGUGCUGCUCUCACACUUGGCCUUCAACGAUGCCUGGGUGGAGCGCUCCAGCGGGCAAACCGCCCACAUCCGCAUUCUCGUGAACGGCGAGGAGCGCAUCCACUUGCGCGGCGACGGGGUGUUGGUGUCGACUGCGGCCGGCAGCACGGCGUACUGCCAGGCGCUCGGCGCGUCGCCGGUCCCCGUCGGGGCGCCGCUGAUCCAAGUCGUGGGCAGCAACGUCGUCUCCCCGGCGCAGUGGCGGCCGACGCACCUCAACCAGGAGGACCAGGUGGAGCUGGAGGUGACGGAUAGCUUCAAGCGCCCCUGCCGCUGCUUCGUGGACUCCGUGGACGUCGGCAACGUCACGCGCAUGCUGGUGCGCUCGAGCCGAGCCGCGGGGGUCGCGAUCGCCUUCACGAGCAGCUGCGACCUCCAGCAGAAGCUGUACCAGAUGCAGUUUCCAAAGUCCAGGUGA